AUGGGUUCUCUGGGGGGAAUAGAGGGAAAGACGAAGCCGACGUGGGUCCAUCCGAGGCUAGCGGGGUUCACUCCUUCUGAGAGAUGGGGGCACUCGGCCUGCUCCUCGGGCGGCAUCGUCUACGUUUUCGGGGUGUGUUGGAGGAGUUGCAGAGAAUUUCUUCCAUGGCGGUUGUUUCCUGCAAUUUUUUCUGCAAUUUCCGGGAUUUCACUCUCCAUCGAUUCGCAGGGUUGCAGUGGAGGGUUGCACUUCGGCGAGGUCCUAACCUUCGACCUGAAGACGAUGGCCUGGAGCUCCAUGGCAACCACCGGACGGCGCCCGGAGAGCCGGGACAGCCACAGCGCCGCCGUGCUCCGCCACCGGAUGAUCGUCUUUGGGGGAACAAACGGGUCGAGGAAGACGAACGAACUCCACAUUCUGGACCUUCUCACCGGAGAAUGGAGCAGGCCCAUCUGCGAUGGAGUUCCUCCUUGCCCACGGGAGAGCCACACUGCCACCAUCGUCGGAGAAGACAAGCUCUUAGUCUUCGGCGGCAGCGGCGAUGGUGAGGGGAACUACCUCAACGACGUCCACAUUCUGGACCUCAAGGCCAUGAAAUGGUCUUCUCCGAUGGUGAGGGGGGAUCCACCGCCGCCGAGAGACAGCCACAUCGCCGCCACCGUUGGGAACCGUCUUCUGGUCUACGGCGGCGAUUGCGGCGACCGCUACUAUGGGGAGGUCGAUAUCUUGGACGUAGACACUCUCACUUGGUACAGGGUACGCCCGUCUCACUUCGUCUUCUUCCUCGAGCCUCUGCAAACGCUAAUCUCCAUUUCUCUGGUCUGCAGCCAGUGAUUAUUGGACCUUCUCCUGGAGCUCGAGCGGGGCAUGCGGCGGUGAACCUCGGGAACAAGGUAAGCGAUCCUGAGAGCGACAGUGGAGAAAAUUCCUCAAUCACUGGUGCACUUACCGAAUAUUGCUGUAGAUUUACGUCAUCGGAGGCGUCGGCGAUAAGAGAUACUAUAGUGACGUUUGGGUUCUUGACUUGGGGAGCUGCUCUUGGGUUCAGCUCGACGUGGGCGGGCGGCGGCCGCAGGGGAGGUUCUCUCACACCGCUGUUGUUGCAGGUUCAGAUGUCGCUGUUUAUGGGGGGUAAUAGGAUCAUCAUCCGCCAUCUCUCAUCUCUCUUCUGGUCAGUUAGGGUUUUGCUGAACACCGUCUUGCUUGCAGCUGCGGGGAGGACGAACGACCGCUCAGUGAGUUGGUGAUUCUACAGCUUGGGGCACCCGCUUGCAAGAUCUUCGGCUGCCGAUGGAGCCAGGAUAGAGGGAGAUUCCCCCGAGGAAAGGAUGAUGAUUGGGUAUGCUGGGAAAUGGGUCUGCAGAAGAGAACCUCAGACGCCGGCGAUAGAGAUCCGAGCAAGAAGGGCAGUGACCAUGAAGCCCCCGAAGCUGCGCACAAGGGUUUACUCCUCUCUCUUCCGAGCUCUGGUUCUCUCUCUCUCUCUCUUUCACUCAUUGUCUCUCUAUCUCUAUCUCAGAGAGCCCUUACCCUAAAAGGAGGAAGACAUGGGAGGAGGAGUCGGAGCAGGAAGAGCAUUCCCUCUCCCUCUCGCAGCACUCGUCUCCAUCGCAGUCGGAUCAGGAGCAGAACAGCCGCCGGAACAUGGCCUCAGCUCUCUCUACCUUCAAGCAGAAGUCUACUUAUGAGCUCUUCACUUCGUCCGAGCACUCCCUAACGGUAAGCGGCCCUUGCCUUCGCCGGAGACACCGCCGGUGCCGGAGAAGACGACAAAAAAUAAACGUCAUGAACAGUUCUUCUGUGUUUCUGCAUGUGGUGAAGAUCGGAGCGGAGGUCCGAGGGUCUGUCGACGGGGCGUUCGACUCCGGCUACCUCAUGACGGCAAAAGUCAACGGACUGGUUCUCCGAGGAGUUCUCUUUGCUCCUGUAAGCUUCUUCUGCCUCUUGACCUAAAACGGGGAUUUUCGUUGAUCUCAGCUUUUCCUUUCGUGCUGUGAAACAGUCCCCGUCCAUCUCCAUCCAAGCUCGGCCGACCCCGCCACCGGCCGUCUCCUCAUCCCCAGACUCCGGCUGCCAUCUCCACCGCCCCCCGCCGGAGAAGACCGCCGACGCCGCCGCUGCCGUCGCUAGACACAACCCCGAUUUGCAGGGCGUCGUUCUCACCCUAGGAGGUCCAGCCGGGGAACAGUACUGA